GUUGGACGACAGUCACUUCCCUGAAUAAAUGCCUCUCGUCAGCACCAAGUCAAGCAGCAGCAGUUAAUGUCGUAAUAAUUAUAAUUUUUAUAUUGAUGUACGCGAUGUAUGGAACAUGGUUAGUUCUCCUUAUACUUUCCCAAACGCAUGGACAUUGUUUGUGCCAAAAUCGUACCACAAACUUCAGACCCAACAUUGUGAUGGUGAUGUCCGAUGCAUUUGAUGGGCGGCUGACCUUUGACCCUGGGAGUAGGGUGGUCCAGUUACCAUACUUAAACUAUCUCCGGGAGCUAGGCACUGUCUUCAUCAAUGCCUACACCAAUUCUCCAAUCUGUUGCCCCUCAAGAGCAGCUAUGUGGAGUGGUCGCUUUGUCCAUUUAACUGAGUCCUGGAAUAAUUAUAAGUGCCUGGACCCCAAUGCCACAACGUGGAUGGACAUGCUCCAACAGAAUGGCUAUAACACCUUGAGUGUUGGGAAGCUGGACUAUACUUCAGGAAGUCACUCUGUCAGUAAUCGUGUGGAGGCAUGGACGCGAGAUGUGCCUUUCCUUCUGCGGCAAGAGGGCCGGCCGGUGACAGACCUGGUUGAGAACGCGUCCACAACGAGAGUCAUGACCAAGGACUGGAGAACCACGGACAUUGCCACCCAGUGGAUCCGCCACAAAGCUGCAGCUCUCUCCAAGCCUUUCGCCCUCUACCUGGGCCUGAACCUGCCACACCCCUACGUCACAGACUCCUUGGGGCCCAACGCUGGGGGGUCCACCUUCCGCACCUCCCCUUACUGGCUCGAAAAGGUGAUGCCUGAAUUAAUCUCUAUUCCAAAAUGGCUGCCGUUGUCCGACAUGCACCCUGUGGACUACUACUCCACCUUCACCAAGAACUGCAGUGGGAACUUCACAGAGCAGGAGGUCAGACAGAUACGGGCCUUCUACUACGCUAUGUGUGCCGAAACAGAUGCAAUGCUGGGCCAGGUGAUCUCAGCUUUGCGAGACACAGGCUUGCUGGACACCACAGUGCUGCUCUUCACGUCUGACCACGGCGACCUGGCCAUGGAGCACCGACAGUUCUACAAGAUGUCCAUGUUUGAGGGCAGCUCCCAUGUCCCCCUGCUCAUCAUGGGGCCUGGGGUGAAGUCUGGCCUGCGGCUGAGUCAGCUAGUGUCCUUGGUGGACAUCUAUCCCACUGUGCUGGAGAUGGCAGGUGUAGCAGUGCCAGGUGGCCUUAGUGGUCAUUCACUCCUGCCUUUGCUGUCUCAGUCUGCUGCCCUGCCCGCACGGCCUCGCCCAGACUGGGUAUUGAGUGAAUACCACGGUUGCAAUGCCAACGCCUCCACCUAUAUGUUGAGGGAGGGCCGGUGGAAGUACAUUACCUAUGCAGAUGGUGUGAGUGUCCCCCCGCAGCUUUUCGACCUAACGGUGGACAAAGAGGAGCUUCACAAUGUGGCGUCCAAAUUCCCUGAUGUGUGUCGUCACCUGGACAAGCUGCUGCGCAGCGCAGUAGACUACCCCCAAGUCUCUCAGGCAAUCUGUCUCUACAAUAAGCAACAGUUUGCUGCAUGGCGAAAGAGUCUUGGUGACAAUUAUACCCAAGUCAUUGCAAACCUGCGUUGGCAUCUGGACUGGCAAGAGGAUGUGGAGAACAAUGAGAAAGCCAUCGAUGAGUGGCUCAUGACAUCUGGGUUCUCUUCUGAAAAGCUCAAAGUAUCUAUGUUUUAACUGGCCUGCUGUAUUAGAAAAGCACCAAAAUAAAGAUGUCAUGCCAAACAUGACUACCAAUAACUGCACAAUCCACAACAGUGCUGCAAAUUGAAAUGAUCAUUCUGGUCAAAAUGUGAGAACACACACCCCUGUAGUUAAAGCGUAAUUAUAAUUCACUUGUUUCUUUGUUUAUUUACUCUGGUAAGAUUGUGGGCGGCAGGUAUAGUAGUGUUGGGCUAGGAACCGAAAGGUCGCUGGUUUGAAUACCCGAGAUGACGUGGUGACAAAUCCUUCGAUAUGCCCUUAAGCAAGAUACUUAACUUACUUAUGUCAGUGCUCCAGUGGCACGAUACUACUAUGGAUGACCCUGUAAAACAAUGCAUUUCACUGCACCUAUCCGGGGUGUAUGUGACAAUGAAACAUAAAAUAAAUAUAUUUUAUGUCUGGUA